CCGUCCUUUUCCGUUCGGAGUUCCCACGAAGCUUCUUACUCUGUUUCGAGGCGAAGCAUCAGCAAACCCCUGAGGAAGUCCCGAGCGGUCAUGGAGUUGUUGCCUGCGAGGAGGGCGGCGUCAGCGGACCCGAAGGCGGAGGACGGCGAGGGAGUCGAGCUCACCCUCGGCCUCGCCAUCGGCGGGAGCACCCGGAAGACCCCCGAGCCGAGGAAGGAAGCGGAGGGACCCCGUAAAGGUGGGAUCUUUGACCUCCCGGACGGAGCAUCGGCGGAUGAUCGCGCGGCGAUGGAUGCCCAGAUGCUGCGGUCUAGGGCGCGAGAUCGGGCGGUGAGGGAGGAGGAGGCCUUGUCCGGCGACCGGUCGAGGCCUAGCCGCACGGAUGGAGGCAAUGGCGUUCGAUGGCCCCGCGUCGCCCCCGUCUCCACCCCCAACCCUAACGCUCACCCUAAUCCCUUUGGGUUUGGCCAGCAUCACCCGUUCCCGGUGAUGUACCCUCACCAGCAGGUGCAGUACGUGCCGGUGCCCAACGGGUUCGGGUUCCCGUUCGUGAUGCCGUGCUGGGCCCCGACCAUCUCGGCGGUGGCCGGCGGACUGAACCGGCUCGAAAGGAAGGUGUACCAGCCGUUGUCCGGCCGUGGGUUCCCCGUUCAGGGGACGGCUGCAGGGCCGUGUGAUGGUGAUUCCAGCGGGAGUAAGGGGAUCGAAGCCGCCAAGGUCGUGAACACCUCGCUCAACUCGGAUUCAUCCGGGAGCAGCUCUUCUGCAAUCUCCGAUCGCCGGAGCGGAUCCUUUGGAGGAGGAAGCAUCAGUAGCGGCGACUCCAGGAGCCAUCGGAGCCUUCAAAAGGCAGAGAAGCCUGCAGCACCGCCAUCGGCGGAAGGAGGUAGCGGCAACAACGCACUAACGUCUUGCUUGACGUCGAACGCCAAGCCGGCCAGGUUUGGGGCUCAGCCGGAGCGCGCGGGCUCCGUAAACAAGUCCGGGAAACCGUCGGCCCUGCCCCGAAUGCCGCUCGUCUCAGCCACGGGCGACGCGCCCCACGGGAGGACCAUCCACGGUCUCCUCUACCGGUGUACCAAGUCGGAGGUGAGGAUACUGUGCGUUUGUCAUGGAAACUCGUUCACGCCGGUGGAGUUCGUCAGGCAUGCUGGUGGCGCCGACGUUUCGCAGCCGUUGAAGCGGAUAGUUGUGGUUCAACCAGGGUGGUAGUAGAUGAGCAAAAGUGUCUUCUACUUGUAGUAGUUUGAAUUAGGGAGUGGUUGCAGUGGGAAGGGCAGUCAUGGAGGUCUGUAAAUAUCUUCAGCAGCUAACGUCAAAAGAAAUUUUAGUUUGUCGUGAGCUU